CAGGAAGAAGCUUUUGCGGAAGAGAAGGACAUUGUUUUGAAACGACUCUAAACCCUGGGGUUACUGAACACAUAAUUCACAAUCAGCCGUUAUAGAUGUGCUAUAGCGAACUUUUAACAGGGGUUUAAUGUAAUUCAGAUGACUACACAGUUUUAAAUGGUGCUGUCUGCUAACUAACUUCAACAAUCACUCAGUUUUACGUUUGGCGCUUAGAAGAGUAAAGAUGAGCUCCGUUAGGUAUGUGGUGUGCAGUAGAUUGUUGCUGCAUCUUAGUAAAUCACCAUGCUUGCAAACAGCAGCUUCCAGGUAUGGCAACAAAACAAGACUGAUCAGUACCUCCAGCAGGCACAUGACAAUCAUGCCUGCCUGGGUCAUUGAUAAAUAUGGAAGCAAUGAUGUUUUACGGUUCACUCGAAAUGCCAGUUUUCCCAUCAUCAACUAUCCCAAUGAGGUCAUUGUGAAAGUGUUUGCAGCAGGACUGAACCCAAUUGAUGUCAAAAUGAGAGGUGGCUAUGGUGCAGCUACACUAUCUAUGAAGAGAGAUCCUCUGAACAUGACUAAAUCCGGCAGCGAGUUCCCUGUCAUCCUGGGAAGAGACGUUUCUGGGGUCAUCAUGGAGUGUGGACUGGAUGUGAAGUACUUCAGGGAAAGGGAUGAGGUGUGGGCAGCUAUACCUCCAUGGAAGCAGGGCAGCUUGGCUGAGUUUGUAGUGCUGAGUGCUAAUGAGAUAUCCCAUAAACCAAAGUCACUGAGCCAUACAGAGGCAGCAGCCAUUCCCUACGUGGCAGCCACUGCCUGGUCAGCUCUGGUUAACACUGGUGGACUCAAUAAGGACAACUGCGCCAACAAACGGAUUUUGAUCCUUGGAGGAUCCGGGGGAGUGGGAACAUUUGCUAUACAGAUGCUGAAGGCCUGGGGAGCCCAUGUGACUGUUACGUGCUCCCUGAACGCCGAGCGGUUCGUAAGGGAAUUGGGGGCAGAUCACGUGGUGGACUACACAGCUGGACCUGUUGAGGAGCCACUCAGUGCCCUGGAGAAAUUUGACCUGAUCCUGGAUAACAUUGGGGGGGACACCGAGCGUUGGGCUCUGAACCUGCUCAAGCCUUGGUGCGGUGCCAAGUAUGUCACCCUUGUAACACCCUUCCUCCAGAACACUGACAGGCUGGGUAUAGCUGAUGGAAUGAUGCAGACUGCCGCUACAGUGGCCACCAAAGUCCUCAAGCACCUAGUCAAGGGAGUUCACUACCGCUGGGGAUUCGUCGCACCUAGUGGUCCAGCAUUGGAUGAAAUAAGGGACAUGGUGGAUGCAGGACAGAUCCGGGCCGUGGUGGAGGAGACCUUCAGCUUCUCGCAGGUCCCCCAAGCUUUGGAUAAGGUGGAGAAGGGCCACGCCAGAGGAAAGACUGUCGUCCAGAUCAGCAAAGGAGGGGAUGACUGAAUGACUGAUGACCUGAAGAGUGGCUGGAUUCUUCUACAGAAAUAAUUUGAGAGCAAUGAUUUGAGUCAAAUUUAUUAAAUACGGUUGCUACCGUCACCUUUCCACUGUGUGACCUUUUCUACUUAGUUGUUAUUUGGCUGCUAAUGUGCAUAUGAUUUAAACUGUUUGGCAAGUUUUAUUUGCUGAAUGAAAAAUAAAUAUGUCACUUAAAGGAAA